AUGAGGAGCACGCCGACGGCGUCCGCGCACGACUCGAGCUGGCGCCGGCUCCUCGCGAACAACUCGCCGCUCUCGGGCCUCAAGCACCGGUCCCACUUCGCGAACAAGGCCGUGCCCGAGGCCGAAUCGCCGGGCGCCGACGCCUACGACGUGGACAUCGACUCGCCCGGCGACCCGCCGGCGCCGUCGCCGUUCCCGAACAUCGAGCGCGCGCUCUUCCCGGACGACGAGGAGGUCAAGGAGGACCCGUACCGGCCCCUCGUCCACGGCGCGUCCGACAUCGACUUCGACGAGCACGGCGACGCCGUCGAGUUCGGCCGC